AAUCGAAAGUACCGCCUAUCGAUGUCACAGUUAACUUUUGCGACCUUUUCCGUUUUUAUCGAAUUCGUUCAUUCAUUCAUUGUGUCAAGAUGAAUUUGAAGAUUUUGCUUUUUUUCAUUUUUGCCAUUUUUGUAUUGUACGUGACGGCGGAAACAAUAGAACAACAAACACUUCCUGCUUCAAGUUCACUUAGGAACGAGAAAAAUUUAGUGCAUACGAGAAGCAAAAGGACAUUAUUUUUAAAGAAAAAAGUCCUUGGAGCUGGACUUCUUGGUUUUGGACUCGGAGUUGUCAAAGGAUACAAGUAUGGUUACCAUAGAGCACCGGAAGUGCAUCACGUGUACCUAGCCCCACCACCAUCACCUGUUAAAUACAUCGAAUACGUUGAGAAACCUGUCUUCGUUGACAGAAUUAUUGAGAAACCAGUCUUCAAAGAGCAUGUUGAGAGUUGGCAUCCUGAACCGCCUUCAACUUACGGGGCGUGGUGAGCUGAGAAUAGAAUAAAAAAAAUUAAUACUCAAAAAUCAGAAUAAAUGAAGCGAAAAAAAUGAUAUAGUUAUUUGUUGAUGAAGCGAUGAUUUAUUUAUUGCGACCUACACAUUAUUUUAUAGUCUAGUUUUUCCUUUCAUUGUGUUAAACUCCAUGAAUUUGAAAUUACAAUCAAAAAUUUAUAAUUUUCAAUCAGUUCACUAUUGGAAUUUUUUACAUUAAUUCCAAAAGAUGAUAUUUACACAAAUUAGCAAAAAAUAAAAAUUAAUUAAUAUUUACCAAUAACUAAUUAACGAAAAUUGGUAUUAGUAGUUCAAUAAAUUAAUAAGCAAUUAAUUAGUUCGGCUACUAAAAAACUAAUUAGUGACAAUUAGUAUUAGUACA